AGGAUGCCGAGGGAUCCUCAGCUCCUCGGCCGCGGUAAUCUAUAGCGUGCCGGGCGGAUUGAGGGAUCCAGGGCGAUUGUGGGUGUCGUGGGAACCCGCUCCAGCUCUCCUACAUCGAGAAUGCUGUGGGAGGCGGUGGAAGAGUCACGGAGAUUCAUCUGGGAGAAGGAUGGGAUGCCGAGAGGCGGCAUGAUUCUCUCCCGGCUUUUGCUCUUCUCCAGAACCAGCGGCAAUUGGGCUACAGGCGACUGGUGGGAGCAUGUAUUAGAGUAUAGCAAGAGCAUUCGCAGCGUUCUCGACCAGCCCACCCAAGGCAAGGAGGAGAAUACGUCGAUGCUUAAGGCUGUGUGGGAGCUCAUAGAAGUUUUCUAUGUGGACAGAAGCGCGACAUGGUGGCUUCCGGAGCGUCUUGUAGACUGGCUAGCGGAGUAUGACAAAAGUCCUCUUGAGUGAUGAAGACACUGUACAUUCCAAGGUACUGUCGUUCCAGCGGAAGCUUUCCGAGAUUCAAUUUCCCGAAGACGAUGUAGCUUACUGGGAUGCAAUGGCCUCGGCCUUGUCAGUUGGAUGGCUUGACGUUGUUAUAGCGUUCUUGCGGAUGCAUGGAUCGUAUCGAUUGGAUCAGCUUGAUGACUGGCAGACUGAAAAUGGCCUCGUAGAGGCAGUUACAC